GGAGAUAUAUUAAAAAUGAAUGAUUACGAAAAAAAACGUUCGCGGAUAAAUGGAACUUUUCGUUGGACAGAACGACAAACUAAAGAUUUACUCAACAUUAUCGUGGAAAAUGUAAAAGCUAAUCCGGAACAGUUCAAGUACAUGAAUGGUUUUGGAUCUUACUUUUCGUCAGAAGAUAAAAGAUGCCCUGGCUCCUUACCCUUAGGUCAAAACUCUCCACAGAACUGUCCUUAUGGUUUAUAUGCGGAACAAAUAUCAGGAACAGCUUUUACUGCUCCUCGUAAGGAAAAUUUAAGAUCGUGGUUAUACAGAAUACGCCCUAGUGUAUUGCACGAACCUUUUAAGCCUUUUACCGGUAAAACGGGACUAAAUAACAAUUGGAAUGAACAACAUCCAAAUCCUAAUCAGAUGCGUUGGAAGCCUUUUGAUAUACCGUUGGACGACGUAAAUUUUGUCGAAGGUUUACACACGAUAUGCGGUUCAGGGGGUGAAUAUAGCCAUCAUGGCAUUGCAAUACAUAUUUACAGUUGCACUACUUCCAUGGAGAAAAUCGCUUUUUAUAAUAGCGAUGGUGAUUUUUUGGUUGUGCCUCAGAAGGGAUGUUUGGAAAUAACUACUGAAUUUGGCAAAUUUGUAGUAAGACCAAAUGAAAUAUGUGUCAUACCCCAGGGUAUUCGCUAUUCAGUUAAAGUAAGGGAACCAUCAAGGUAUGUAACCUCAUUAAACUCGGGAUAUAUUCUUGAGGUUUAUAACAAUCACUUUCAACUCCCGGAACUAGGUCCAAUAGGAGCAAAUGGUUUGGCUAAUCCGCGCGAUUUUCUAACUCCUGUUGCAUUGUUUGAAGAUAAUGAUGAAGAUUUCCAGAUUAUCUGCAAAUACCAAGGAAAGCUUUUUUCUGCCAAACAAUCUCAUUCACCAUUUGAUGUUGUAGCUUGGCAUGGAAAUUAUGUCCCUUUCAAGUAUGAUUUGUCAAAAUUUAUGGUCAUAAAUUCAGCCAGCUUCGACCAUUGCGAUCCUAGCAUCUUUACGGUUCUCACUUGCCCAAGCUUUCGUCCAGGCACUGCUAUUGCGGACUUUGUAAUAUUUCCACCAAGAUGGGCUGUACAAGAGCAUACUUUCCGGCCGCCAUAUUACCACAGAAACUGUAUGUCAGAAUUUAUGGGAUUAAUCUUUGGUAAAUAUGAAGCAAAAAAUAACGGGUUUUUACCUGGAGGCGCUACUCUUCAUUCUAUUAUGACACCACAUGGUCCAGAUUAUCAAUGCUUCGAGAAUGCAUCUCGUGCAGAGUUAAUACCUGAAAGGGUCGCUGACAAUACACAGAUGUCGCUUGAACUCUGCCACCUGCUUUGCGUUGACAGCAUUAAAGAUGGCAGAAAACAAACAACGCACAGUUUGCCAUUCCAAUAUUCUUAACUUUCUCGCACACUCUUUCCGCAUUACAAUCAAUUAUUGCUUUUAAUUUCACUCUAUUAUCUUUUAACAUAGUUAAUAAUAAACAAAUUUUUUCGUUAAAUUUAUAUUGAUCUUCCAAAAAAAUGUCAAAAUUUCUAUUAAUAAUUUAUCUUAUUCAUUUUUAUUUCUCUUUUUUUUUAUAAAUAAACUAAUUUCACUUUAGCUGUCUAAACGCAAAAGUCUGCCGUCUGUCACCAUAAAAUUUCAAUGCUCAUUAGCGUUGCUAUUGUCCUUUUGCUCAUAUUUUUAUGAAUACAUACAAAACUGAUAACAUUCUGAAUAAAUUAUGUUAUUUUCAAAAGAAUAUUUGUAGUUAAUGUGUGAAUAAUAUUUAUUUAAUAACUAUUUCUAAUGCUUGAGAAUAUAACAUAAUUUCAUACAUAUAUGAGUAUGUUUGUACAUGGGAAACUAUCAUAUUACCCUAAAAAAAGUUAAUAUAUCACAACAAUAUUAUGUAUUUGUAAUUGACAUUUCACCAUUUAAAUUUUCAUACGCAUCUAUCAGGUGUCGCCUUACUAAGCGAACCAUAUAGACAGCGUUCGGAAAGCUCCUGUAGUAAAGAUAGAAGUGGCAAGGCAGCAAUUGGGCCUGCAAAGGACAAGCUUUCUCAUCCCGCCUCAAAGAAGCCCAUAACGGCUUUACAUGGUCGAAGAUACAAGGCAUAUAUUUUGUAAGCUGCUAGCGCAAAAAUUAGAGAAUUUGAAGAUUUUCCCCUGGAGCUGCCUCUAAAGACCAGAAACAAAUCGCCAAUAAUAAUAGCAGGGUGAUUUUAACGCAUGGUCUACUGCUCCUGAAGUCAGCCAUUCUCCGUAGUAAGUGAUUCUGUUUCUUAAAGCUAUGCGAAGAAGCGAACAUAGACUCGUGGGAAUCGGCAUACAAAAUUUGUAUGUCGAAAUUAAAAAAAAAGUCGCAGAAACCUAAGAACGCAUAGAUGGUAUACCAAAUUGAGCCCUUAAAGAAGCCAUAACUCUUAGACCCACUUUAUUUGUUGUGUACAAUGCGUGUAUAUUGGAAGAGGUAUUCCUCGAUCCGUCGAAGAUACAGCGCCUGGUUCUACUCCUAAAGCCAAAAAAGCCACCAGAAGAACCUUCAUCAUAUCGACCUCUUUGCGUGUUCGACACGAUGGGGAAAGUGUACCAAAGCAUUGUAAGAAACUGCUUGGAACUAGCAAUCCAAAAAGCCGGCGGAUAAUCAGAGAGACAAUACGGCUUCAUAAAAAAGAGAUCCACUAUUGACGCACUAGGAGAAGUUGUCGAUAUUGCGAAAUGUGCAGUAAGUGGCAAAAGAUGGAAAGGUGACACAAAAAAGUACUGCGCGCUGAUUACCCUGUAUGUCAAGAAUGCGUUCUACUCGGCGAAAUUUGCAGACAUAAUAAAAGCCCUGGAUGAAAUACGGAUCCCUGAAUACAUCAUAAACAUAAUAACAAGUUAUUUGAAAAACAGAAUGCUGAUUUUUGAUACGGAUGAAGGCACCAAGAGCUACUCUAUCAAGAGUUGAGUACCCCAAGGCUCAGUGUUAGGUCCACUAUUAUGGAACCUUAUGUACGACGGAGCUAAAAAGACAGCAACCAACAGACGUGAAACUAGUAGCUUAUGCGGACGAUCUCAUGGUGUUAGCAGUCACCAAACAAUUAGCCGACCUGAGAAAUAAAUGUAAUGAGUGCUUAUAUAGUCUACGCCAAUGGUUCUCUUCUAAAUACAAGUCUGAAACUAGCGGAGGAAAAAAAUGAAGUUUUACUGAUAAGCACUAGGAAGAUAGAAGAACAAAUAGAGCUCACCAUUGGUAAAUGCAAGAUUAAGAAAUAUUAGAUUCUAAAUUAAAAUUUAAAGAACACUUGGAGUACUCUUCCGCCAAGGCAAACAAAAUUUAUAAAGCCCUAUUGAGAAUGAUGACCAAUAGAGGCUGUGUGCGUUCCAGCCGGCGAUUCCUAAUAGCGAAGGCAAUGUAUGGAUACGGGCAAUGGAUAUAAAAUCGUAUGCUAAACAAAUAAUUGCAGUGCAUAGGCUUUCUGCAAUUGGGGUAAUAAGUGCUUUCCGGACUAUAUCAACCGAUGCAGCUGAAGUAUUAGCCAUCAUGCCGCCCAUUGAUCGGCAAGGACAGAGGAGAGAAACAAGAGUACUAAAAUGUGGCAAGAGCGGUGGAAUUCCUCGUCCAAAAGGCGCUGGACCCAUCGACUUAUACCGGACAUCCACUCGUGGAUAGACAGACGGCAUGGGAAUUUAGAUUUUCAUCUGACCCAAAUACUUAGUGGACAUGGACAUUCGGACGACACGACUUAGCCAACCUAGCCGGUGUUUUUUAAUUCGCUGAAUUAUGUCAAUGUCGUUGUAUAUCUCAUACAGCUCAUGGUUCCAUCGAAUGCGAUAUUCGCCGCGGCCAACGCGCAAAGGACCAUAAAUAUUUCGCAGAAACUUUCUCUCGAAAACUCAUACCGUCGACUCAUCAGAUAUAGUCAUCGUUCAUGAUAUCAAUAUCAUCGGCAUACGUCAGCAGCUGUACACUCUUAUAAAAGAUUGUACCUGCUCGUUUAAGUCGCAGGAUAGGCAGUCGCUUCGUCUGAAAUCUCGUUUGGUAUUUAACGGCUCGGAGAGGUCCUUCCCGAUCCUGACGGAGCUUUUGGUGUUGCUCAACGUCAGUUUACACAGCCGUAAUAGUUUUGUGGGGAUACCAAAUUCAGACAUAGCGGCGUAACGACAGCUUCUUUUCGUGCUGUCGAAAGCAAAUUUGAAAUCGACGAAGAGAAGGUGUGUGUCGAUUUUCUUUUCACGUGUUUUUUCCAAGAUUUGACGCAUCGUGAAUAUCUGGUCGGCUUUAAUCUUUCACACAAUACGCUCGAUAGAUGUUGAGGAGACUUAUCACAUGGUAGUUGGCGCAGAUUGUGGGGUCUCCCUUUUUGUGAAUUGGACAGAGCAGAUUUAAAUUCCAAUCGUUGGGCAUGCUUUCGUCCGACCAUAUUUUUCAAAGAAGCUGAUGCAUGUUCCUUAUUAAUUCUUCGCCGCCGGGUUUGAAUAGCACGUAACAAUCAAUAGGCCCUCGCCGCUUUGUUGUUCUUCGGGUGAGUAAUUAUUAUUCGAACUCCUUCAUGGUCGGGCAAUGGAACGUCUGCUCCAUCGUGAUAAAUUGGGGAAUCGGGUUCGCCUUCUCCUGGCGUUGUACUUUCACUGCCAUUCAGCAGGCCGGAAAAGUGUUCUCUCCAUAAUUUUAGUAUGCUCUAGGCAUCGGUGACUAGAUUACCUUUGGGGGUUCUACAAGGGGAUGCACCGGUCAUGAAACCUUCUGUAAGCCACCGCAUUUUUUCGUAGAAUGUUUCGGGCAUUACCCCUGUUGGCCAGCUUAUCAAGCUUUUCAUACUCACCCAUUUCGGCCUCUUUCUUUUUCUGUCUGCAAAUGCGUUUCGCUUCCCUCUUCAACUAAUGGUAUCUAUCCCAUCCCGCACGUGUUGUGGUCGAUCGUUACGUUGCGAGGUAGGCAGCCUGUUUUCUCUCCUCUGCGACACGGCACUCCUCGUUACCUCCUCUUCUUUCGCGUUUUCCGAAAAGCAAUAGUUUCGGUUGCAGCUGUACGUAAGGAGUUUGGAAUGCCGUCCCACAGUUCCCUUAUACCGAGUUGUUGACUAGUGCUCUCAGAGAGCAGGAGUGCAAGCCGAGUAGAAAAUCGUUCUGCUAUCUGUUGUGAUGUUUAGACGUUCCUUCACCGGACGAAUCCCACACCAAACUUACGCUCCUUUAUAUGGCCACUGUAGUAAAUGCCACAAGGACCUACUUGGCUCGAUCCUUGUCCCGUUCAUCACAUUUCUUGGACAGCGGGGAUGUCAGCCUUUAUAUUCACGAGGAAAUCAACCAGCUGGGCAGCGGCAACUUCCCGAUUAAGGAACCGGACAUUACAGGUGCAUGCCCUCUAUUCGUGGUCCUUAUUUCGUUUGCCAUGGUCCUCAUCAAAGGGGGUCUCUCAUCCGAGGCAGGUUGUUAGUUUUCAUAGGGUUGUUUUUUUUACGUGGCAAGUCCCAAACCCAGCGCACAACCCUGCAUGGGUAUGUUUCGCCUUCUCACUUUAGCUCGCCUUCAAACGGAUGUUCUUAGACUACCCAGAGGAUACUUGGUGAAUGACCGGAAGUCGUGAGCUGCUUGAGCCAUAUGUAAAAGAAUCGUUUCUGGCCACUCCCAGAUGAAUGGCGUUCAGAGGACUUUCCUCACGUGCGUGAUCUUUUACACAUGACUCCAUCCUCCAUAUGUGUAUACAUUAGGGUGUCCGUUAUUUACCAAAUUGAUUAUUUUUGACGAGACGCCCCCUAAACUUUUAGUUUUCCUUCUAAAAAACAAAUAUCAGACCAUAAAAAGCCCUUAAUUUUCAUAAUAAACCUUGCCCCAAACACGAUACAUUUCCCAUUGCAAUUACAUGGGAUUUUGCCACUUUCUACGAAUAUUUGUUUUCCCUGGAACUUUCUCUUUUGUAGGAAUAAAAAAGUCAUAUUCUUGUAUAGAAUUGAACGCUCUAUAGCAAAGUCUGGACAGUUUUUCUAUAACUCACUCCUUUAAAAGUUAUUCAAGGUUAAAGUUAACUUUUGGGUAAUUUCUGGAAUUUUCGAACUUUUACGGCAAAUUGAAAUUUUUUUUUUGUAAAAUUCAAUUGUUUAUUCUAAAAUAAACAUGCCUAUAGUUUUAAAAUAAAAAAUAAAAAAAAUUUGCAAAUCAAAUCAAAUUUGAACCAGAUAGUGCAGCGUGUACCAGGAUACACAGUAUAAAUCAUAUAAAUUAAAGGAACUUAUUAUUCAUCGUUAACAACAUGUGAUUAAAUACUCUUCAUGUUUCAGAGUUUUUCUGCCGUUACAUCAGAGAAAUUAUAUUUUUUAAACCAGAAGAAAUAAAGAAAACAAAUACUGACCCAAUGACAUAACACAAUAGUUUUCCGCAUAGAAUUUCUUUCAGCAUUGGCGGCCUUCGGCCGCGCUUCAAAAAAAUGACCCUCAGUUGGACCAAUACCUGGGCGUACUCAGUUCUUUUACGUUGAACUCCUUUUCGCCCGAUCCAACGCUGGGAUUUAUCAAGAUAAUGAGAAUUCUGAAAGAUUUUACAUUACUCAUCACACGAUAAUGAAUUUAGUUAUGACGUCAUAAUAUUUCUUUUUUCUUAUUUUUAUUUCAUUACCAAAUAUGGUAACACUAAUUUUUUACUUGUUUACAACCACUUUCUUAUUUUAUGAAUAAAUGGACUUAUAUAAAGUUUGAUAUAAAAUUAAAGUUAUUUUUGCACUAUUUAAUAUAAAAUAAAUGAUCAGAAGCGAAUUAGUGUAGUGUUAGUGGAUAUAAAAGCAUAAUAUAUAGAUGUAAAAUGCAUUAUAAAUCGGAGAAACACGCAUUUUAAAUAGUUAAUUUUUUUAACUUUAAAUGCGAAUAUGGCGGCAUGUAUCCGUACAUACCCAUUUUAAUCCCGAAAUCCGGGAAAGCUAUUCUAAAUCGCAGUCGCGAGUUGUCACAAAAACACGAAAAAGUGGACAGAAAAAGAAAACAACAUUUUAAUGGAUUUUCUUUUGGAAAACGUUGAUAUUGAGGUAUGGAUAAGAUUAAUUAUUGUUAAUUUAUUUGCCUAUCGAAUUAUAUUUUUUGCUCAUCCAACCAUUGUUAUUUAUUUACAAUAAAUGUUUGAAAAAACUUAGUUAGAGGCAAAUGCUUAAAUGUUGAGGUGUAUAGUUCGAUAUCGGAAAGAAAUCAACAGGCGCAGGACUAGAUAUUGGAGACGCAUGUUCCACAGUAAAAUGUAAUAAGGUGAAUUAUAAUUAAGCUAGUCCAUAUUGUAUUAUUAUUCAGUAUCAUUUUAGAAACCGGAAAUGUCUCCACGUUAUGACCGACUCGUGGAGCUUUAUUCUAAUAAACUGCACUCAAAUAUCGUCGUUGAAUCAUCAUCAAUUAACGUGGAUGUUGAAUUUGAGUAAUAUAUGCACUCUAUUGAUACGAUUAAAGAUUUGUCUUCAACAGCAUUAACUUUACUUCCUAUUGUAGUUCAUUUUACAUCAUCUGAGCCAGUGCGACCUCCAGACAUCGACUCGAUGGAAGCCGAGUUAAUAUGUGAGCCAGCACUUUCACAGUCAAAAGUAUCAACUCCUCGCUCUCAACGAUCUCUUGGACAAAAAUUUAAAACUCGUACUCGUACGUUAGAAGCAGUCUAAGCGAAUUUGCUAAUAUCCAAUAAAAAAGAGAUUCUUAUUAUGAAAUGCACCAGAGCAUAGAACAAAAAAAAAAUGAUAAUGAAAUAACCCGGUUAAAGCUAGAAAAACAAAAGAUGGCCCAUGCUCAAGAACAAAAAGAACGACUUGCUGUCUUAGAGCUUAAAUUAAAACAUAAUACAGACUAAAUUAUAAAUAAAAAUUCGUUAUUUAUUGUUUGAAUUACAAGAAUAAAUAGUUCUGUUUUAAAAUAAGUAUAUGUCUUAUUCUGAACAUAAGGUUGUAGAGCAUCUGCCUUUUCAUUUGAAAAGUAGUUAUAUCUAACCCUUCAAAUUCGUCUGCUGUGUCAGGUCCAUUCAAAGAGGUUUCCACAAAUUACUCAAAGUCCGCUGUGCUUGCUGUGCAAUGAAUUACAUUAUCUCCUUUCUGCUGGAUCAGUAUGUUAAGCAUUAGUUCUGUACGAAGUAAUUAUAAUAUUAUUGGGCGUUUUGCAGAAUAUGGCCAUAAGGUGGGCCAAAAAUUAGUUUAUAUUUUAUUUUUCGUAGUUACCAUGAAAAUCUCAUUCAACAUGACUAAAAACAAGUCCUGGUAAAAUCUGAACUCUUUAUAUCAAUAUUAAGAGGUGCCUCAUCGACAUUUUCGAUUUCCCAUAUAAAUUACAUGGAAAAAAAAUCAUUUUUUUUUGUGGUGGUUAUUGUGCGGAGAUUUUAAUGUGCACGCGAUGGCGGCCAGUAGGGAUGGUAAACUCGAUUCCGAUACUACUCGAGAAUCGAGUUUUCUCGUAAUGUAAUGUAAUUUAUAUGGGAAAUCGAAAAUGUCGAUAAGGCACCUCUUAAUAUUGAUAUAAAGAGCUCAGAUUUUACCAGGACUUGUUUUUAGUCAUGUUAAAUGAGAUUUUCAUGGUAACUACGAAAAAUAAAAUAUAAACUAAUUUUUGGCCCACCUUAAUAUGGCCAGUAUAUAAGUAUAUAAUUAUUUAAAUAAUUUCCAAUUAUUUAUUUCUGAUGUUAAUAGCUUCACGUUAACAUUACAUUUACCCUAAUUAAGCUAAAGCCCAAGCAUAUACAAGUAUUUCGCUGCUUUUCCAUGUUGGUGCAGCGACAAUUGAUUUGUGGCUCCCUUUACAAGAAGUAAAAUAUCGUUGUUGCUCCGCGAUCUUGCUCUUCAGAUGAUCUUGCUGUGAGCUUUAUGAUUGCAGUUUGAUUUGUGUCAUCAAACAUUGAACUCAAGAAAGAUUUUGUCAAUCCUUACCACUGGUGGGGGAAAUGAAAAGUUUUUCACUCAUCAAAGUGAGAAUAUAUUCAUUCUAAUUAUAACCUGAACAGGGUAAAUUAAGUUUGUCAAGCAGUUUGUAACACCCAGAAGGAAGCGUCGGGGACCCUAUAAAGUAUAUAUAUAAAUGAUCAGUAUGUUGAGCUGAGUCGAUUUAGCCAUGUCCGUCUGUCUGUCUGUCCGUCUGUGCGUCCGUCCGUCUGUAUAAAUACAAACUAGUCCCUCAGUUGUGAAGAUAUCGUUUUGAAAUUUUGUAAACAUCAUUUUCUCUUCAAGAAGCUGCUCAUUUGUUAGAACGGCUGAUAUACGAUCGAAAUCAAGUUUUUGUAUUAAAAACUUUCACAUUUGACAAUGUAUCUUCACAAAAGUUGGCACAGGUUAUUUUCUAAGACAAUAAUGUAAUAUACGAAGAAAUUAUUCAGAUCGGCUUACUAUAGCAUAUAGCUGCUAUACAAACUGAAUGAUCGAAAUCUUGCGCUGGUAUGGAAAACUUUUGCAUUUGACAAGACAUACUAUAUUCACUAAAUUAGGUAUUGAUUAUUUUCUAUGACAAUAAUGUAAUCACCGAAGAAAUUGUUCAGAUCGGUUAACUAUAGCAUAUAGCUGUCAUACAAGCUGAAUGAUCGGAAUCAAAUGCUUGGAUGGGAAACUUCCUCAUUUGACAAUAUAUCUUCACGAUUUUGGUAUGAGUUAUUGUAUGUAGAAAUAAUGUAAUAUCGAAAGAAAUUGUUCAGAUCGGCUCACUAUAGCAUUUAGCUGCCAUACAAACUGAACGAUCGGAAUCAAGGGCUUGUAUGGAAAACUUUCACAUUUGACGUAGUAUCUUCACGAAAGUUUACUACUUAAGGUAAUAACAUAAUCUCCGAAAAAUUUUUUCCGAUCGGAUUACUAUAGCAUAUAGCUUCCAUACAAACUGGACACAUAGUUACUAAAAGAAAUAUACCUGUGAAGGGUUAUUAGCUUCGGUGCAGCCGAAGUUAACGUUUGUUCUUGUUUUUAAUAAUAUUUCAGCUUUGCUGAUAAGUAACCAUGUUCAACGAUAUUUGAACAAUUGCGAUUGUAACUUCUAAAAGUACCGUAACACUAACAGUGUUUUACGCAUCCCCUUCCGAAUAUCACUCAUCAAAGACUUAUGCUGUUGCCGGGCGCUAUUGGUGAUAAGAAUGAUAAAGAGUAUUGACAUGCAAAUAAAUGAACAUUGCAAGCAUUCCAGCAUGAAGAGCCCAGCAUGAAGGUGCGCAUCAUUGGCAACAGUUUAUGUUAUGCUAGCUGACCGAUUCAUCGAUCGGUUGGUCUAGGAUUGAUAACGGAAUGAAAACUACAAUUGUAUUUGUGAGUUGAUAAAAUAACAAAGUCUAUUUUUUACUGUUCUUUUAUGCAGCGCACGGUUGCCAAUAUCGUGGACUGCAACCUUUCUACCUGGCCAUUACUUUCGUUGUGAAGACUAGGAAUGAAGAACUGGUCCAUAGAAAAGGUAUCUUUAAGCAUAACUUGGAUUGCAUUAGAUUGAAGAGCUUUUUCGUUGUCAGAGACAAUGACUUUAGUGUUAUUAAACACUAAUAAGACUUCUAAUAGGGCUCCUGAAGUAAUGGGUUUAACUAUUGCAAAUAUCUAAUAAAAUAAUAAAAAAAAAUUGCCUGCCAGUUAUAAGAAUAUCCAUGUGGAGAAUUUCACCUGGGAGAUUUGGGAUUGGUGUUUUACCUAUUCCAGGAUCAGGAGGUUUUCUUUGAUAUUUAUUCUACAAAUAUAUCAUGCAAUUUGCAAUUGUUGGAUUUCAAAAAUUGGUUUAUAUGUAUUUGGAAAGCAGUAUACAUGAGAAAUUUGGUGAAACUUUUUGUGUAAGCCAUGAUGAGCUCGAUUGUGUUCCAUCGAUAUCAAUUUCAUUUGAUCACCAUUAUUAAUUAAAUCAAUUAAGACAAGCUAAGUGUGAAUAAACUUAACGCCAGGAGAAGCUGAUAUUAUUUUGUUUUGUGUCUGUGCUAGAGUAUGGAGAUCGCAAUAAAUUCCGUUGGGGGCGUUAGGGUUGAUAUUUUUAAGAGUAUCGAAAGUGAUUGUGUAACGUUUAAACUUUUUAAAAUUAUGUUUUGUAAUUAGACUUAGAAAUCAUUGAUAAGGUUAGUUAAGGAUUCCUCGCUGUGCACAGUUUCAUUUGAUGGAGCUUCACUUAAAUUGUUGCAGAAUUGUCUAGAAAGCAACGACAUCGGCAUUGGCAACUGUGUUGUCUCUUCUCGGCUUAAGGGGUCAGUAGGGUAAUCUUUUUUCAAAUUUUUUUUGCAUUUUCUGUUUCCUUAUACCCUUAGAAUUAAUGUAGAAAAUCAUUUUACCAUUGGAAGGUUUUGAAAAAGGCCCAAAAAUAAUAAUACCGCUCGACGUUCGGAGCGCGUGGAGUACACACCUGCUACAAAACACACCAAUACCUUAAGCAAUAAAAUACGUAUUUCUCAAAACACACUUUUUUAAACCGAUUUGCUUAUUUUUUUGUUUUAAAUGUUCACAAAACUCCUGGCUAUCAUCCCUACAUAUAUUUUUUACAAUUUAUUGACAAUGUUAUGACAAAAUUUAUGUAUCAUGGUGGAAAUUAAAAAAAAAACGUUAAUAACUUUAUUAUUUAUCAACAUUUUUUCAUAAUUCUAAUAGGGACGAUAACCACUCACGUUUUUGUGUUACAGAUGAUCCAAACAUGAGAAAUCAUGUCCGCCAGUGAAAAAACGCAUCUCAUUUACUCAGCUAUUUCUCCGACAGAUGUCAUCAAAAAAUUCCGAAAAGUUUUAUUCAUACACCCCACAUAUACCUCAUGAUAUGUGAAAAAAUUUCUAUUAUAAAAUAAAAAUUUCUAUGAAAAAAAUGUCAAAAAACAGGCCAGAUUACCCUACUGACCCCUUACUUGGUGCAAGUUUUUCAAUGAACGCUUGCCAUCUUUUCAUUUUUGCAUUUGGGGUUUUUUCAGACAUUGCGAAUAUGAGCGGCUGAUGGUGGGUAAAAAUGUUUAUAUUUUUCAUUCUAUACAAAUUUUUUUCUUUAUUUUACAUUUUACCUAGUAUAUAAAAGUAAAAUACUAACAAAAAUUCUAGUCUAAUUAAUUAAGAGAGAUGCUUAAAAGCUAAAUGUUAAGAAAUACAUUUGCUGCUACUGUUGUCUUACUAGGUCGGAAGUCUUUUUGCGUUUCAACCGGAUUUCUCGCCCAGCAGUUUCGAUAAAUCUGGCGCCUAGAUCACGGUGCCGGUCAGCAGAUCUAAUGUACCAGGGAGCAUUAACUAAAGUCCUUAAUACCUUACUUUGAAAGCGCUGAAUGCUGGCAAUACAGCUUUGACUUGAGCAACCCCAUAGUUGGGCUCCGUAGGCCCAAACUGGCUUUAAGACUUGAUUAUAUAAUAACAGUUUGUUCGAUAGCUUGGAUUUCCUGCCAACUAGGUGGUAAAGUUUGCUAAAUUUCAUAUCGAUUUUUUUUUUGCAUGCUCUUUCCUAGGUACUUAGCACUUUUAUAGUGUGGUAUAGGAAUGUUAUUUACAUAAAUUGGACAAUAUGCCGGCUUUUUCAAGGUAAAGUCGACAUGAAAUGAUUUGGUGUCGUUUAAUUUGAUACGCCACUUAGAUGCCCACUUAGUAAUUGCGUUGACUGCUGUCUGCACUCGUCGACUAGAUACUGAAGUUGACUCUCCCGCUGCUAACAAAGCUGUGUCAUCCGCAAAUGUCGAUGUCAUAUAACCAGAAUCAGACGGGAGGUCACUGGUAAAAAGCAAGUAAAGCAUUGGCUCCAACACGCUUCCCUGGGGAAUACCGGCUUCUAUCGGUUGCAAGUUUGAAUAUGCAUCCUCUUGUUUAAUACGGAAGUAUCUAUCAUUUAAGUACGAAGCAAUUAUUUCACAAAAUUGUUUGGGUAGCAUGUAUUUCAAUUUGAAAAGUAGACCCGUGCGUCAAAAGCUUGAGACACGUCCAAAAAGGCCGUACAAACAUUCUUUUUAUCGAUUAUAUUUUCAACGAAAUUAACGAUUCGGUGUGCCUGGUCAAUUGUUGAAUGGUGGUCACCGAACCCAAAUUGGUGUAUUGUUAUUAGGUUUUUAUGAGCGAUUAUUGGUUUGAGCCUAUUUAUGAGUACAUUCUCAAAGAUUUUAGAUAAGGCUGGCAGUAGCGAAAUUGGCCUAUACGAUGUAACAGCGUGUACUGGCUUACCCGGCUUGGGUAUCAUUAUGACUUCAGAUGCUUCCCAAAGCGAUGGCACGUGUCUUAGGCAUAAAGCACUGUUUAUAAUGUUUACAAGUUUUUUUAUACAAUUCUUUGGUAAAUUGCGUAAUAUUUCUCCAGUUAUUAAAUAGUAUCCAGGUGCUUUUUUGAGUCUUGUAUUCCCGAUAUGAUGUUUAAUUUCUUUAAUAGUAACAUGAGAAAUGCUGAUGUGUGGAUCCAUCCAACUAUUUUCACAGUUUAUCUCAUACCCAUCGUUAGGCGUAAAUAUGUUUCUCAAAUGAUUUGCAAAUACCGCAGCUUUCUAUUAAUUCAUUGUGGCCCAUGCAGUUUCGUUUAGUUUUUAGUUUUAAUGGUACUACAUGUUUUAUUUGUUUAUUAAUAUUUCUUGCAGCUUUCCAAAGUGAUUAGUCGGUGGAUUUAUCAGCUGUGAGUUUAGCCAGAUAAGUUUUGAAUGAAAAAUUUUUAAACUCUUUAAUUUGUGCUCUUAGUUUCACUGUACAUUUGUUAAGCUCAGUUUUGAAAGCAGAGGACCUAGUUUGCUGCCAUCUCCGUCGAAGCUUGCGCUUUUUAUGGAUACUUUCUAAGACGUGUUUUGGGUAUUUGGUACCCCUUAGAUUCACGCGGGUAUUUGGUGUACUCUUCCACGCAGCAUUUUGAAUUAUUUUUGUGAAAUCUUCAACCUCACAGUCCAACUCAAUACCAGUCGAUACGUGCUUAAGCUUUGGGUCGACUUUAUUCAAUAUAUAUUUAAAUUUAUUCCAAUUAGUGUGUUUAUUGCAUAACGUUGGCUUGGUGGCCGAAAUAAUUGGCUUUUCAUACAGAGUUAGUACCACUGGAGAAUGGUCAGAGCUUAGGUCUGAGCAAUCUUUUAUAUAUAUAUUGAGUUUUGGUAUUUUAUUGAUUAUAAAGAAGUCCAGAAGGUCUGGUGAUUUCUAACUAUCUGUAGGCCAAUAAGUGGGUCUUCCUGUAGAAACAAAAUUGCAUCCAACUGCUUGUAUUGCUUUGAGAAGUUCUCGACCUUUGGUUGUAGUUAAACGAUGAGUGUGUUUUGCGUUAUAGUCGCCACCAAUGAUAUACCUUCCGUCAUAUUUUUUAAUAACUUCAUAUAUGUACGUUUCUAUAUUUAUAUUAUGUCUAGGUGGGCUAUACAGAGCAAUAAGAUACAAUGGGUGAUUGUGCAAUUUAACUGAAAUUGUUAUAGCUUGAAUUUCUUCCAUCUUAAUUGGAUCUUCCUUGCAAUGUUCAAUAUUGCUUUUGAUAAUUAUACCGCUCCCUCCUCGUGCUGAGCUUGCCGGGUGUGGUGUGUGGUGUAAUUCAUAAUUUUUAAAUUUUAAAAAUGAUUGGUUCGUAAAAUGCGGUUCAGAUAAUAGACAUAUACAUAUCAAUAUUUCUGUGGUGUAGAAUAACUUCUAAUUCAUUCUUAUUUUUGGAAAGGCCAUUAGCGUUCCAUAGCAUUAUUCUCAAAGAGUUACUGUUCAUCAAUAAAUUGUAGAUGGUACUCAAGAACGUUGAGCCGCUGAUUAAAGGACUUAAAUAGUUUCUCUUGCUUAUUCUAAUCUAAUAUAUCUUAUAUCUAAGAUUUGGGAUAACGGACUACUUUUUGGCAUUGUAUUUGUAUGGCCUUGUUUAGCUAUUUGCGCAAAUGGAACUUUAGAACCGGAAGGAAGGGAUUUUACUUCUCCUGCGUGGUUAUUCGUCGGAGCAUUGGCAUUCUCCUCAACUGAAUUACCAUUCUUUUUAUCACUUAAAUUUUGCAGUUCUGUUGCGACGACACAAUCAUGGUAGAUUGCAGGACGAGAAUCGCCGCAGUUGCAAAAUUUAGCAGGGUCUUUUUCGGCUUUUCGAAACUCAAUAGUAGGAUGUUUGCCUCCACAUUUCACACACCUCGAUGGCUUACCUCAGAAGUUUUUAGUAUGUCCAAAAGCUUGACAGUUUUUGCACUGCGGAAUUAAUUUAGAUGCUUUAAUAGGCUCAAGUUUGACAACGGUACUAAGAAUGGUUUUGAUCUGGUGAAUUUUCUUAAUGUCUUCGGUGGCAUCAAAUACUACUAAAAACAUAUCUAGCGGUUCUUUCUUCUUCUUAACUGGCGUAGACACCGAUUACGCGAUUAUAGCCGAGUUAACAACAGCGCGCCAGUCGUUUCUUCUUUUCGCUACGUGGCGCCAAAUGGAUAUUCUAAGCGAAGCCAGGUCCUUCUCCACUUGGUCCUUCCAACGGAGUGGAGGUCUUCCUCUUCCUCUGCUUCCCCCGGCGGGUACUGCGUCGAAUACUUUCAGAGCUGAAGGGUUUUCGUCCAUUCGGACAACAUGACCUAGCCAGCGUAGCCGCUGUCUUUUAAUUCACUGAACUAUGUCAAUGUCGUCGUAUAUCUCAUACAGCUCUUCGUUCCAUCGAAUACGAUAUUCGCCGUGGCCAACGCGCAAAGGACCAUAAAUCUUUCGCAGAACUUUUCCCUCGAAAACUCGCAACGUCGACUCAUCGGUUGUUGUCAUCGUCCAAGCCUCUGCACCAUAUAGCAGGACGGGUAUUAUGAGUGACUUAUAGAGUUUGGUUUUUGUUCGUCGAGAGAGGACUUUACUUUUCAAUUGCCUACUCAGUCCGAAGUGUUAAUGCUGGUUCCUAAAUAGACGAAAUUAUCUACAACUUCAAAGUUAUGACUGUCAAGAGUGACGUGGGAGCCAAGUCGGGAGUGCGACGACUGUUUGUUCAAUGACAGGAGAUAUUUCGUCUUGCCCUCGUUCACUGCCAGACCCAUUUGCGUUGCUUCCUUGUUCAGUCUGGAGAAAGCAGAACUAACGCCGCGGGUGUUGAGACCGAUGAUAUCAAUAUCAUCGGCAUACAAAGGCAGCUGUACACUCUUAUAAAAGAUUGUAUCUGCUCGAUUCUCCUUUCACGGGUCUUUUCCAAGAUUUGGCGCAUGGUAAAUAUCUGGUCGGUUGUUGAUUUGCCAGGUCUAAAGCCACACUGAUAAGGUCAAAUCAGUUUGUUGACAGUGGGCCUUAGUCUUUCACACAAUACGCUCGAUAGAACCUUAUAGGCGAUGUUGAGGAGGCUAAUCCCUCGGUAGUUGGCGCAGAUUGUGGGGUCUCUUUUUUUAUGGAUUGGGCAUAGCACACUUAAAUUCCAAUCGUUGGGCAUACUUUCGUCCGAACAUAUUUUGCAAAGAAGCUGAUGCAUGCUCCUUAUCAGUUCUUCGCCGCCGUGUUUGAAUAGCUCGGCCGGCAACCCGUCGGCCCCUGCCGCUUUGUUGUUCUUCAAGCGGGCAAUUGCUAUUCUAACUUCUUCUGGGUCGGGCAAUGGAACGUCUGCUCCAUCGUCAUCGAGUGGGGAAUCGGGUUCGUCCUCUCCUGGCGUUGUGUGUUCAGUGCCAUUCAGCAGGCUGGAGAAGUGUUCCCUCCAUAAUUUAAAUAUGCUCUGGGCAUCGGUGACUAGAUCACCCUGGGGGUUCUACAAGAGUAUGCUUCGGUCUUGAAACCUUCUGUAAGCCGUCGCAUUUUUUCGUAGAAUUUUCGAGCAUUACCCUUGUCGGCCAGCUUAUCAAGCUCUUCGUACUCAUGGAUUUCGGCCUCUUUCUUUUUCUGUUUGCAAAUUCGUCUUGCUUCCCUCUUCAACGAUUGGUAUUUAUCCCAUUCCACACGUGUUGUGGGCGAUCGUAACGUUGCGAGGUAGGCAGCCUGUUUUCUGCUACGACACGCCACUCCUCGUUGUACCAGGUGUUCUUUUGCUUUUCCGAAAACCAAUGGUUUCGGUUGCAGCUGUACGUAAGGAGUUUGAAAUGCCACCCACAGUUCCCUUAUACCGAGUUGUUGACGAGUACUCUCAGAGGGUAGGAGUGCAAGCCGAGUAGAAAAUCGUUCAGCUGUCUGUUGUGAUUGCAGCUUCUCGACGUCCUUGUGUUUGUUGGCGUGCGUUUUUUGCUGCACAGAGGCGGGUGCAAGUCUUGGCUGCAACAAGAUAGUGGUCCGAGUCGAUGUUAGGACCUUGGAGCGCACGCACAUCUAAAACACUGGAGACGAGUCUUCCAUCUAUCACAACAUGAUCGAUCUGGUUGGUGGUUUUUCGAUUCGGAUACAGCCAGGUAGCUUGAUGAAUCUUUUUUUGCUGGAAUCUAGUACUACAGAUAACCAUAUUUCAGGCGCCGGCGAAGUCGAUCAGCCUCAACCCAUUUGGGGAUGUUUCCUCGUGGAGGCUGAAUUUACCGACCGUAGUGCCAAAGAUACCUUCUUUGCGUUAAAGUCGCCAAGCACGAUUUUGACAUCGUGGCGGGGGCAGUUCUCAUAUGCGAGCUCCAAGCGGUCAUAAAGGCCAUCUUUGGUCACAUCGUCCUUCUCUUCCGUCGGGGCGUGUGCUCAAAUCAGCGAUAUGUUGAAGAACCUCGCUUUGAUGCGGAUUGUGGCUAGACGUUUAUUCACCGGAGUGAAUGAUAGUACUCGGCGACGGAGUCUCUCUCCCAUCAUAAAUCCCACACCAAACUUGCGCUCCUUUAUAUGUCCGCAUUUCUUGGACGGCGGUGAUGUCAGCCUUUUUUUCACGAGAACAUCAACCAGCUGGGCAGCGGCACCUUCCCAAUUAAGGGACCGGACAUUCCAGGUGCAUGCCCUGAAAUCAUAGUCCUUAAUUCGUUUGCCAGGGUUGGCAGCAAAAGGGGGGUCUCGGGGAAACUUUAGUAUACGAUCCCACGAUUUCAGGGUUAAAAGUGGUAUGGUUGGAUAGGGCUGAUGUUCCAGAUUAAGAAAAUAUAUAAUUGUUGCCGCCACAAACUUAUAGUUUAUAUUUGCAUUUAAACUUGAAAAUUUUGCAAAUUUUAUGUUGCAAUUUCUCGAUUGCUAGUAAUUAUUUAAUUCAUAUUAUGCCCUUUUUAUGCACUUAUACUUCAUUACAUUAUUUCUACAUAUUUAAUUUUUUAGUAAUUAUUUAGUUAUUUGCUUAAAAUAAGCAUUUUAUAUUUUGCACAAUUUUCAUUCCAUGCACAAUAACAAAAGUAUUCCGUGUUUACAGAUAUUAAGUGUUGCCAUAAUUACACAUAUAUCAAACGAAUAAGAAUGGAUAUAAAAACUCAAACGCAGAAAACAAAUACUAUCUGAAAUAAAUUUUCCAUUGUAAUAAGAAAAGUUUUAAGGCUUUAUUGGCGGCCUUCGGCCGCGCUUCAAAAAAAUAACCCUGGCCGAUCCAACACCGGGGUGUAUCAAAAAUCUUGAUAUAUCAAGAAAAAGGGCAAUAAUUUAUGUAUUUGGGGUAUAGUCCUAUUUUUUAUUCAUUUUUAUUCGUUUGAUAAAUGUGUAAUUGUGGCAACACUUAUUAUCUGUCAACACGGAAUACUUUUGUUAUUGUGCAUGAAAUGAAAAUUGUGUAAAAUAUAAAAUGCUUAUUUUAAGCAAAUAACUAAAUAAUUACUGGAAAAAAAAAAUAUGUAGAAACAAUGUAGUGAAGUGUAAGUACAUAAAAAGUGCAUAAUAUGAAUUAAAUAAUUACUAGCAAUCGAGAAAUUGCAAGAUAAAAUUUGCAAAAUUUUCAACUUUAAAUGCAAAUAUCUCGAAAUCUAUAAGUUUGCGGCGGCAUAUUUUCUUAAUCUGGAGCAUCAGCUCUAUCCAACCAUACCACUUUUAACCCUGAAAUCGUGGGAUCGUAUACUAAAGCCGACCCGGGGUCUCUCAUCCGAGGGUGUUGUUGAUUUUUCAUUGGGAGUGUUUUUUUACGUGCCGGGUCCCAAACCCAGCGCACAACCCUAUGCAGGGGAUGUUUCGCAUUCUCACUUUAGCUCGCCUUCAAACGGAUGUUCUUAGGCUACCCAGAGAAUACUUGGUCAAAGACCGGAAGUCGUGAGCUACUUGAGUCAUAUGUAAAAAAUCGUUUCUGGCCACUCCCAAGUGAAUGGCGAUCAGAGAACUUUCAUCACUUGCGUGAACUUCUACACAUGACUCCAUCCUCCAGCGGCGGUUCUUCAGUCUACCCUUUAAGGUUAUUAAUUGCAUAUAUGACCUUAAAACAUUGAGAUUUUAGAUCAUUAGAAUGGAUUGUGUAUUGCAUGAGUGGUGUAAAUUUAUUAUCAUUACCUUUAUUGGUCUAUUAUGUUUACUCUCGCAGCUAAACCAAAGUGUAUUUUCAUUAGAUAAAUAUUUUGUUAUUGUGCGAUAUCUGUUUGAGCAGAGACAUUAAGUUUGUAGGCGCCGUUGCUCAAAAGCUUUAUUAAAAAGUUGUUAUUUAUUAGAUCUGUAACAUUGCAACGUAAUUUAUUAAAAUCCUUUACGUUGUUAAUUAUAAUAGGAGGUGGGCGGUGGGUUUUAGUAUCAUUGUUGGCCGCCUGCUCUUUGUUUUUAUUUUUCGAAGGGCUGACAAUUGUUGGAGAAGUAUCAGCUUUGCGUUUUUUUUGAAGAGCGCUUCUUUUUGAGUAUUCACUCAGUUUCUUUAGCUAGCUCAUUUUCAUCGGUUUCUUAUAUUUGAUCUACAUUCAUACUAGAAGGUUUUGCUUCAACACUCACAUGCUUGCCUUUACUAGAUUUUAGUUGUUCGUUUUCUCUUUUUAAUUCUAUGUUAUCUUUAUGUAACUGAUUGCACAUCGCUUCCAAAUUUCUUAGCCUCUCAUUUAUAAGUGAAUUAGUUUUUUCUAAUUCUAUUAUUUUAUUUACUCUAAAUGAGCUGAGACUGUUUCUCGGCGUCACCUCAUGAAGAGGUUCAGCCAUUUUUAUUUUCUAAUGAUUUCUCUACUGAGUAUUAGAAACCUGUCGUUUGGUCGAUAAUGCAGUUUAAACCAGAAGUUUGUUUUUAUUUGACCAGUAUGGCAGCGCUGAUAGCAAUUGGAAAUAGUUAGAACAGAACAGCUGAUUUAUUAUAUGCAGAAAUAACGUGUAAAAGAAACAGCUGAUGUACACUAUUUUCACAGCGAAAAUUAAUUAGUUGAGUGUUUAUAUAAUUUGUUAUUGUUUAAAAAAAAACAAACUUCGAUUGAAAAUGUAAUUUGAUUCGAAUGAGUUUUACCAAUAAUCGAUAUGGAACGUGUUGACAACAUCAAUGCUUCCCACGGCGCACACACCAACGAAUUACCACAGACUAGUUUAUCUGCAAAUUGUCGCAAUUGCGGAGCACACUUGGAUUUUGACCGCACUCAAUGAUAUCAACAACACUACUAUAUACAAAUAAUGGCAAAGCCUCUUCCAUGCCCAUACAAUCGAAAGUAGCUAUCGUUCGUUCGUAACAUAAUUUUGUGCGGUAGCUGAGAGUGUUUGUGAAAUCUUGAUAAUUGGACGACCUUUUUGAGACAAAACUGCACCUAAAGCAGUAGAAGAGGCAUCUGUUGUAAGCUUGAAGGGUUCAUCAUAAUUUGUGUAUUGAACUGAAACAUCCUCUGAAGCUAAUAUUUGUUUUAUUCGUUCAAAACCUAAAUUCAACUUUCACAUUUCUUGAAUAACAUGAACAAAUUUGUCCGUUUCUCCGCGAAGGUAAGCUGUCAAAGGAUUGACUAUGGCAGCAUAGUCUUUUAUGAACGCCUAUAAUCCUGGUAGUCCUAGAAAUGAUCGUAAUGCUCAAAGAGUUUGCGGAGAUUCGUAAUUAAAAAUAUCUCGAAUUUUAUCUGGGCAAAUUCUAAUACCCGGGCUAAUACCCGGGCUCAGAGAAACCCUAGAAACUCCACUUAAGUUUUGAAAAAGUUCGAUUUUUCAGGCGAGAGUCUCAUUUCUGCGUUCUCAAGAGUUUGAAGUACUACUGUGCCCAAAAUAAGGUGACAUUUGAAUUUAAACUGCGCGCGUCGAAGGAUUUGGAGAAUUAUUUUUUUUUAGGUUGGUAAUGCUGUCAGUGACAUUUAUGUCAAAUUUCAUGUCAAAAUAUUCAUUAGUGCUUGAGAUACGUGUCGUUUUCUGAGCUGCUAAAAGUGAGUUUUUCGUUUUUUGCGAUGUCGAAAUUUGCUGAGCAAAGAAUCUGCAUUAAAUUUUGUUUACGGAAUGAUUUUUCUGCUGCGCAUACGUUGAGGAUGGUACAGAAAGCCUUUGGUGAUGAAGUUAUGUCUAAAAAAAAUGUUUACAAGUGGUACAGUGAGUUCCAAGGCGGCCGUGAACGUGUCGAAGACGAAGAGCGUCCAGGGCGACCAUCAACCUCAACCGACGAAUCUCACGUUCAACAAAUCAAAGAUUUGGUGUUGGAAAACCGUCGAUUACCAAUUAGAGACCUUGCUGAUGAAGUUGACAUAUCGAAAGGCUCAGCCAAUACCAUUUUGAAGGAUGUUUUGGGCCUCAAGCGCGUCAAAUCUCGACUGGUACCGAAAACAUUGAAUUUUUUGGAAAAAAGGCGUCGCGUUGAAGUGUGUGAAACGAUGUUUUUCGACUACCAGGGUGUCAUGAAAUGCAUUAUAACUGGCGACGAGACUUGGAUCUAUGCUUACAACCCCGAAACAACCGAUCAAUCGAGCGAAUAUCGUGCCAAAAGAGAGCCGAAAAAAAAAUCGCGCCAAAGUCGUUCAAAAAUCAAGGUCAUGUUGACUGUUUUCUUCGAUUAUCGUGGUGUUGUGCAUUAUAAAUUCCUUCCAACCGGUCAAACAGUCAACAAGGAAUAUUAUUUGAACGUUAUGCGUCGUUUGCGUAACGCUAUCCGCCUAAAAAGGCCGGAAUUGUGGAAAGACAAUUCUUGGUUUUUACACCACGAUAAUGCACCAUCCCAUACUGCCCUCGUAAUUCGUGAUCAUUUCGCCAAAAACUCACCCCAUAUCGUUCCGCAACUACCGUAUUCAUCUGAUCUGGCGCCGUGCAACUUCUGGCUGUUCACCAAGCUCAAAAGACCGAUCCGGGGACACCGUUUUUAUACGAUAGAGGAGAUUCAAGCCGCAGGGAAGACGGAACUGAAGGCCAUGCAGGAAAGUGACUACAACCAGUGUUUCGGAGAUUGGAAAAUCCGUUGCCAUAAGUGCAUUGGAUCGGGAGGGGAUUACUUUGAAGGGGAUGAAAUUGAUUUGGAAGAAUAAAUAAAGAAUUUUCAAAAUAAAUGCAAUGUCACCUUAAUUUUUGGGCACAUUAGUAUGUGCUUGAUGUGCUUUAAAUGUGAUGGUUCACCUGAAGAAUACGAGGUGUGCUCAAAAAGUAUCCCGAGAAAGUAAGGGUUUACUCACUUGUUCUGCUUCCACGACACUUGCUUGAUUUGUUUCAAUUUAAAACUUCAGUUUUCUCUUAGAUAAACACUUUAGAUUACUUCAGUAAAAACCACAUGAAUUUAUUUUGUAAAAAAUGCACUUUGGAUGUUUUUUAGUAAAAAAUCACUUUGCACGUCUUUUAACAAAAAAUCGCUUUGUAUGUUGUUUAAAUGAGUUAAGCAUCCGCCUACUUUACCCGAAAAAAUUGGCGCACCCUAAUACGACGACGCAAUUCACCACAGCUGAUGACACCACAACAGAACACCGACACAUCUCACUACAGCUGUACAUCAACCCACUCAUCAAAAGGGAUAGAAAAAAAGGGAAAGCGGACACAAUUCGACUCUCAUAAUUCGACCAUCAACAUUCGCUUAAACACUGCGCCGGGUCGACAUCUACGCUCUUCUACCGCAAUUCUACAUUUUUGACUUCGAUGCGCGGAAACUUGAUCGCCAACAAAAUCAAAUAAUCUUCGGCAUUGGAUUCUCGCCGCCUCACUUGUUAACCUUUAGUUUUAUUACAAUUAAAAGUAAUAGAAUUUUUGAUAUUACAAUUUAUAAGUUCGUGCUUUAUAUUGUCAAAAUAAAAACAAAAUUUAUUUUUAUUAAAGAGCUUGUAUGCUAUAUAAAUUUUGUAUCUUUUUAUUCAUGGUCCUUCGAGCCUUACUGAAAGGCACCUUCGGAUUUUUUAUAAACACAAAAACAAUAUCAUAUUAGAAUAUAUGCAUAACAACAAGUCAAAAGAAAGUGCGUGAACAUAGUGCAGUGACACAAAACAAAAAAAAAAAACAAAAGAAGAAGCAGUGACCCACACAAACAAACCAAAAAAAAACAAUAAAUAUAUACACUUAUGUCCGUGAGGUAAACAAAAAAAAAAAAAAAAAUGUGAAGAGAGUGGAGAAAAAAGGUGACAGAAACAAAAAAAGGAGUGCAUUUAUAAAAUUAAACACGCAAACAGUUUCAACAAACAAACAAACAAAAAAAAAACAACACAUAAA